UGGUGUUUCCCCAGUUCCCUUAUAAGGAAGUAUUCAUAACCCACGUUUCCCAGAUUAAAUGACUAAACGUACAUUUUGAGAAGUGACAGCAUCGAUCAGGGUAGAUAUAUAUUGAGGAGCUGGAUAUUAAUAGAAGACUCAUAGUAACAUCCGAGAACUGAAACAUAUCUACAACAAGAUGCAGGAUCCAAAUGCUGAUACAGAGUGGAAUGAUAUUUUGAGGGCAAAAGGAAUCAUCCCAGAGAAGGAACAGGAAGUUACAGAAGAUGAUGUCGUCAGUAUGUUGGAACAGACAAUCCAGGAUAAGGCAAAGGGGAAAGACUUAUGUGAUAUGUCACUGCAAGAGCUUGAUGACAAAGAAGAUGACAUCGAUGACGAAGAAGAAAGGAUAUUUGAAGCAUACAGGAGACAAAGAAUUGAAGAAAUGAAAGCUUCAGCAGCCAAGUCAAAGUUUGGAAAUGUGCUGGAGAUUAGCAAAGAAGACUGGGUCAGGGAGAUCAACAAGGCUGGGGAUGGAAUCUGGGUCGUCCUCCAUGUCUACAAACCAGGGGUUCCACUGUGUACAUUAUUGAAUCAACACAUUCUUGAAUUAGCCAGAAAAUUCCCAGAAGUCAAAUUUGUGAAAAGUGUGUCGAGUGUAUGCAUUCCUAAUUAUCCAGACAAAAACUUACCCACCAUUUUUGUGUACCAUGAAAAUGAAAUGAAGAAACAGUGGGUGGGACCACAUAAUUUUGGAGGCAUGAACUUUAAAAAAGACGAACUUGAAUGGAUGUUAUCACAAAAUGGAGUAUUAAAAACCGACCUUGAAGGUCCCCCGAGGCAAGGAGUGGAUGAUGUGAUGAGUCGGGCAGUUAGGGAGAGUGCAAUAGACAGCGACGAUGAGAACGAUUGGUAGAACAUAAACGCAGCAUAGGUUUUUUAAUAAAUUUUAUAUUAAUCAGAA